AAACUCACUUUUUAGGUUGCAAGGCAGUCAUUUGCACAACCACGGUCCGUUUCCAUGGCGACCCGCUCUCUGCCACCGACGCCCGGGCCCGCGGCCCAAACACCACCUGGACGGCUUGGGCCCCAGUACGGACCGGAUUGAGGCCUGGCCUGGACCCGGAAGCACCAGGUGGUGCUGCCAAUGGGACGCACGCUUUCGCUCCGAGGAGAAUUUAAGAACCGAGUAGGCAGACAGGGAAGGCUAGGAGGGGACUAGGGGAGAGAGAGAGGGGGAAGGCCAAGAAGAGGCUUCCUCUCCCCCCAUUCUCCAAUCCGUGCCCUAGUCGAGCCAGCCGCGAGGAAGGAGGCGUCUCGCCUAGCGCCCGCCCGUCGGCCGACCUUCUGCUGCACCUUCGAACUCUGGAAAGAUCAUAGAUUUUUGGGCAAUAGCAAGUGGACAUGGAACCAUCCUCUCAGCCUCAGCCUGCGAUGGGUGUCGCCGCCGGUGGGUCACAAGUGUAUCCUGCGUCUGCCUACCCGCCUGCAGCAACAGUAGCUCCUCCUGCUGUUGCAUCUGCUGGUUUACAGUCAGUGCAACCAUUCCCAGCCAACCCUGCCCAUAUGAGUGCUCAGCACCAGAUUGUCUACCAACAAGCUCAACAGUUCCACCAACAGCUCCAGCAGCAGCAACAGCAGCAGCUUCAGCAGUUCUGGGUCGAACGCAUGACUGAAAUCGAGGCAACAGCUGAUUUCAGGAACCACAACUUGCCACUUGCGAGGAUAAAGAAGAUCAUGAAGGCCGACGAAGAUGUCCGCAUGAUCUCAGCCGAAGCUCCCGUGGUCUUCGCAAAAGCUUGCGAGAUAUUCAUACUGGAGCUGACGCUGAGGUCGUGGAUGCACACCGAGGAGAACAAGCGCCGCACCUUGCAGAAGAACGACAUUGCCGCAGCCAUCACCAGGACCGACAUUUACGACUUCUUGGUCGACAUUGUUCCCAGGGAUGAGAUGAAGGACGACGGAAUCGGGCUUCCUAGGCCCGGGCUGCCACCCAUGGGAGCCCCAGCUGACGCAUAUCCAUACUACUACAUGCCACAGCAGCAGGUGCCUGGUCCUGGGAUGGUUUAUGGCGCCCAGCAAGGCCACCCGGUGACGUAUCUGUGGCAGGAUCCUCAGGAACAGCAGGAGCAAGCUCCUGAAGAGCAGCAGUCUCUGCAUGAAAGGGACUGAGGAUGUCGCUCAAGCUAUCACCUGAUUUUUCAGAGCUCUCAUUUUAGGUUCUCUAAACUGCAGGUUUUCGUUGGCUAAUAUCGUUGGGUAUCAAACUGAAACAGGUAGGGUGUAGCAUCAUGGUAGUUUGAUUUCUGCUGUGGUGUUAGUUGGAGGGAUAAUGAUUAGCGGCUAGUGGAUUAAAGUUACCCAUACCGUUUCCUUUCGUUCCAAAAGUUCGCCUUCAUGAGGCCUCUGAUAUGAAAAAUGCUGGGUGUUAAUGCUUC